CGUUGACAUUGACUUAAGCAAAGGGAAAUUGUAUAUAAAUCAUAGCAUGCUGCAUGCAUGUUGAUCACAUAAUCUCAUCUCAUUAUCCCAAGGCCUUUUUCAAUUUUUAUCCGGUUGUUCAUACGCAUCAAUUGCUCGCUGAAGCAGAGAUGUCGCAAACAGGUCUCCCAUUACCCAACUUCGAUGUGCAGAAUCCAUCAAGCCAACAGCAGCAGCAUGCAACCGGAGUUUCGUUUCCUCCACAAGAUCUACCAAUACCUGCAUAUCCAGUUAAUACGGAUCGCAAAAAAGCAGCAGAUGUCCCAGUACCCCAAUAUCCAUCAAUACCACAUCCAUUUAUGGAUCACAACAAAGCAGCAGAUGUCCCGGUACCCCAAUAUCCACCCCAGUAUCCAGUACCCCAAUAUCCAUCAACACCACAUCCAUUUACAGCAGAUGUCCCAGUACCCCAAUAUCCAUCAAUACCACAUCCAUUUAUGGAUCACAACAAAGCAGCAGAUGUCCCGGUACCCCAAUAUCCAUCAAUACCACAUCCAUUUACAGGUUUCCCAUUACCCAACUUCGAGGUGAAGAAUCCACCAAGCCAACAACAACAACAACAUGUUGUCGGAGUUUCGUUUGCUCCACAAGAGAAAGCAAUACCAGAUCUAUUUAACGGACCUAGAAUUGAUUACAUCCAUUUUGGUGUCCCCCUAUAUGAAGCAUCGAUAAAAGGUGAUUGGAAAGCUGCUAAAGACAUUUUUGAUGAAACGCCAACGUUGGUAAGGUAUAGUAUCACUGAAAAUGGCGAAACAGCACUUCAUGUUGCUGCAUCCGCAGAAAGCACCAAUGAGGUGGAAGAGUUCGUGGAGCAUCUGGUGAAUUACAUGCAAAAGAAGGACCUGGAACUUCAAGAUAAAAGCUCCAACACUGCCCUUUGUGUAGUUGCUGCAUCCGGAAAAAUUAACAUGGUUAAGAUUAUGGUGCAAAAGAACAGGGACUUGAUGUCAAUCCGUGGUUGGCAAAAUAUGAUGCCACUUUAUAUGGCUGCCUUGUUUGGACAUCAUGAGGUGGUGAAAUAUCUAUAUCAAGAAUCGAAUAAUCUGCGUGAUGAUAGUUAUUGGACACCAAAGACUCGUGGUUGGCUUCUUUUGACAUGUGUCGAGAAUGAUAUGUUUGAUGUCGCACUAUGGAUUGUGAAAGAUCACCCAGAACUUGUUAAUAAUUCGGAUGUACUUGGAGUUUUAGCUCAAAAGCCUGAUGCAUUUUCUAAAAGAAAAUCUAAUAUCAUCAUGAACACCGUCAAAUGGGUUUUUAUAGUCAUUUUUCCAAAGGUGGGAGUUUAUGAAAAGGGAAGUACAGCACUUGAAUUACUAACAAUCAUGUGGCAAAAUAUUGCGAUGAAGUCUAAGAAAGAAAUUGAUGUCAUACUCAGAGGGACGCAUGUGACGUUGCCGGGAAAUGCAAAGAAAAAGUACCCUUCACAAAUACCAUUUGUUGCUGCAGAAAGGGGCAAUACUAGAUUUGUAAUUGAGCUCAUCCGUCUAUAUCCUGAUCUGAUAUGGAAAGUAAACGAUACCAAUCAAAGUAUAUUUCACACUGCUGCCGAGCAUCGUCAUAUGGAUAUCUACAAUCUAUUGUACGAAAUAGGCUCAAAAAGGAAUCAGAUAACUCUUCUCAAAGAUGCAAAUGAAAACAAUAUGCUCCAUUUAGUUGGGAAGAGUGCCAAGAAAAAGCGACAUGAGGAUGUCUCCGGAGCUGCUUUUGAGAUGCAACGAGAACUAUUAUGGUUUAAGGAAGUAGAGGGAAUGGUCCCUUUUUCUUAUAGGGAAGAGAGAAACAAAGAUGGCCUAACACCACACGAGUUAUUCACUGUCGAACACAAAGAUCUAGUUGUAAAAGGUGAGGAGUGGAUGAAAGGAACAGCUAGUCAAUGUAUGGUGGUUGCUGCUCUUAUUGCCACCAUAGUUUUUGCUGCAGCUUUUACGGUUCCUGGCGGAUACAAUCAGAAUGAUGGUAUCCCUAUAUUUUAUCGAGAAGUAAGCUUAAAGCUUUUUGUAGUGGCGGAUGCCAUAUCUUUAUUCUCAUCAUCAGCUUCUAUAAUCAUGUUCUUGUCUAUCCUUACAUCUCGUUACGGUGAACGUGAUUUCUAUGAAUCAUUGCCUAAAAAGUUGACGUUGGGUUUAGCAACACUUUUCUUGUCAAUAACAACCAUGAUGGUUGCGUUCAGUCUCAGCUUAUUUGUGUUAUACCAUAAAGAUCUGCAGUGGAUACCGAUUCUUGUCGCCAUGUUUGCUACCAUGCCAGUCUUCCUAUUCGCUACGCUGCAAUAUCCUCUCUUAAAAGACAUAAUAGUUGCGACAUACGGUUCCAAGUACCUCUUUCGGCCGAAGAAACGUGUUCUUUAUGAAAACCAUCAACGUUUUGCAAUUCCAAUGCCUUUUUGAAAUUGUCGUAAGUGUAAUAAUUUUAUUUGUAAUAUAAUUAUGUAAGUGUUAUAAUAAUUUUGUUUGAUUCCAUAAGAUGAAACAGCGUACACAAAUAUUGUUAUAUUGUAUUAUUUAUAUAUAGUCAAUAUUAAAUAA